AUGGCUCAAAAGAAAAGAGUACUUAUGAUUUGCUUAGGUAUGUCUUAAAAUGCGAAUAAAUAACAAAAAAGAAUUGUAUACCAUACAGCUAAAAUAUGAUUUUCAUUUUACAGGAAAUAUUUGUCGUUCACCAAUAGCUGAAGCAGUUUUUAGUGAUCAAAUAAAUAAAUUAGAUUUGAAUGAAUCAUGGGAAGUAGAAAGUGCAGCGCUUAUAGGAUAUCAUACAGGUAAAAAUCCAGAUCACAGAGCUAUGUCUACGCUAAGAGAAAAGGGUAUCAUUAACUAUUUUCAUAAAGCACGACCAAUCAUAGAAGAUGAUUUUAUUAAAUUUGAUUGGAUAUUUGGAAUGGAUAAUAGUAACAUUCAAGAAUUAAAUAACAUGAAACCUAGUAAUUGCACUGCUAAAAUUGAACUUCUUGGAAAAUAUGAUCCACAGGGAGACAUCAUUAUAAGAGAUCCUUAUUAUGACAGCAAUAAUGCUGGAUUUCAUAAAGCUUAUGAACAAUGUGUACGAAGUAUAAAAGCUUUCUUGGAACAAUAUAAAGGUAUUGUCAAAAGGUCUAUUCUACAUGUAACGAUUCAUAAAUUAAAUUUAAAAAAGUAUAAUCAUAGAAACAGCUGUCGUUCUCCAAUAGCAGAAGCAGUAUUUUUGGAGGAAAUAAAAAAAUUAAAUCUUCUUGACUAUUGGGAAAUAGAUAGUGCUGCAUUGUUACAAUACCACGUAGGUAAUGGUCCAGAACCUAGAGCUAUGUCUACGCUUAGGAAAAGAGGCAUUGUAUAUUAUACUCAUAUAGCAAGACAGAUAACAAAAGAAGAUUUCUACAAAUUUGACUGGAUAUUUGGAAUGGAUAGUGGUAUAGUUUAUGAUCUAUGUCAAAUGCAACCAAAAGAUAGUCAAGCAAAAAUUGAACUUCUUGGAAAAUAUAAUCCCAAUGAAGAAUUAAAUAUACGAGAUCCAUUAUUUGUAUGUAUCGUUAUUAAUGUUAUUAUUUAAUUUUAAUAUUAUUAAAAAUUUAGAUAUUUUUUUAUUAAAAUAAUAGGAUAAUAACAGUGCUGGAUUUGAAAAGGCAUUUGAGCAAGCUACAAAAAGCAUAAAAAUAUUUCUAAAACAACAUAAAGGUAAUUUUAUAUAUCAUGAUAUUUCAUUUAUUAAAUUAUACAAAUAAUUUAUAAUUAUUUUUUUACAGAUACUGUAAGCACAUAA